AUGGCGCGAAUAUAUAUCCUUGCGCUGCUACUUGCAGCGCUCAUGUCUCUAGCUGCCGCAUCCUCUGCGCCGACCUUUUGCAAAUGCACAUGCUUCAAGAACAGCACUAUCAUCCCUCUGGGGCCAGAGCACCAGUCAAAACGGUCGCUGCCCUUCUUCGAUACGAUAGACACUUCUUCGAGCGAAGCUCCAGCCGUGGCGCCGCGAUCAGCCUCGACAUCAUGCUCCGAGUGCACCAAGGCCUUUUGCCUACAGCAGGCGCGACAGUAA